AUGGCGGCCGCUUCCCUUCUCGACGAGAUCGCGGACGAGCUGCAGGCGCUCGAGGCCGUUUAUGGCGACGUCGUUCGCGUGCAGGCGGAGAAUGCGGAAAAGUCGACCUCCGGACAGAACGAGGCAGCACCAGCGGGGGCGGGGAUGGUGGUGAGGAUCAGCGUGGCGUUGAAGCCGCAGACGGGGGAAGACGCGACGCAGCAGUUCGUGGAGGCUACUGCCGUGCUGCUCGUCACACCGCAGUACCCUCUGGCCCCUGCAGUGCUGCGCCUGAGUGCGGUGAAGGGCAUGAGCGACGAGCGCGUGGCGGAGCUGCUUGCGCGCGCCAGGGCGUGGCUGGCGGAGGCGCUGGGGCCGGGGGAACCCAUGCUGCUGGCCGCGUGCGAGCAAGUGAAGGAGCUUUUAACAGAGAUGAACGAGCCUUCUGGGUGCUGCUGCUUCUGCCUCGAUCCAAUGACUUCCACUGCUGCUGCUGCUGCUGCUGCUUCGAACCAUCUCCACGAUGCCAGCAGCAGCGCCGGCUUCCCGCCACUGUUCAAGCUUGGAGUCUGCUUUCAUUGCUUUCACUCUCAGUGCAUAAGGCAGUGGUGGCAGUGGGAGCUACAGCAGGCAAAGGCCAAUGAAGCUGAAAUGCGGAGAUGCAACCCACACAUUGCAGUUCCCAAGCCAUCCUUCAGCUGCCCUUCGAGGCCCUCACUAGAUACAGCAGCACCAGCAGCAGAUGUCACAGAGGUUCUUUGUGCAGAGGAUCAGGUUGAGAGGAGGAAGCAGUUUGAGGCUGUGUGGCAGCGGCAGCAGCAGUGGGGAGGUAUGGGGAGGGAGGUAGAAGAGGGAGAGGGGGGAGAGAAGGACGGGGAGGUUGGAGAGGAGGGAGAGGAGGAAGGUCGCAUGAUGGGGGAGGGGGAGGAGGAGGAGGAGGAGGAGGAGGAGGAGGAGGAGGAGGAGGAGGAGGAGGAGGAGGAGGAGGAGGAGGAGGAGGAGGAGGAAGGUUGCACGGAGGGGGCAGAGGGGAGGGGAGAGGGCUGUGGAAAGGAGGAGUUGAGAGCGGAGGAAAGGAAGGGGGAGAACAGGAAGGGAGGGGACAGCAAGAGAGAGGCGGCCGACAGGGGCAAAGGGGAAGUCACUUUGAAGAGAGCAGUGGAAAGGUUGGGGAAGGAGGCAGCGGACGAGGAUGUGGGGGCAGGAGAGGCUCGAGUAGGGGUCGAAGGGGAAAUGAGGGGAGGCAUGGCAGAGGCGGCAGACAGGGGGUGGUGA